AUGGGCCAGACUACCGUGUCUGGUCUCGUGAGCAUGUCCGAGCUUAUUGCAGAGCACAUCAGACCCAUUCCGCCCAUUACCGCCGUUGAUCCCCAGAAAUCGAGAAGAGUCGAGAAGAGCAAUGCCUCCCAUAAGUAUUUCAUCGAUGCCCUCAGCGGUACCUUCAAGGCUAUAGGUGGUGAGGCGUGGAAAUCCAGACAAAAAGCCGAUAGUGACGGCGCAGAGGACGACGAGCACGAGGCCGAUGCCGGAGAUUUAAGUGACGAAGCGUCCGAAGCUGGCGGUCAAUUCACAGCCGCCACUCCUCAGAGACUCAAGCAGAACAAGCCUUCCGGAAAGGGGAGGAAGCAAAAAGGGAAAGAGGAGGCCAAGGGGAAACAGCAGCGGCAACCAUCCCCGGCCAACGAGUCAAGCCUGGACGAUGUACCGCUGGAAAGUUACCGCAUCAUAAAAUCCGGCGGUGGCGAGCCUGUCACCGAUUACCUGAUGGCCGUCUACGACCUCGUCUCAGAAUGGGCCAGCCUUCGAUCGUACCUCCAGUCACUCUGGUCCGAAAUGGCGUAUCAAGGCUUCAACAGGCCGUCGCCAGCGGUCAUGAAGACGAUGACGAGGGGGGAUCCGGACAAGGCCCAGGGCAUGUUCUCGUUGUCCCUCUUCUCCGUCUCGCCGGGCUGGGACCAGAAAAAGAUGGUCGAGGAAGUGGCCAUUGAGGUCAGGGAGCAGUUCCUGAUCUACGCCUAUGAGGAUCUCCGCGAUUUCGUCGCCGAUUUCCAGAAGACUCACAGCGGAAAGCCGACAAAGCGCAUGCUCGCCGAGAUCGCCAACUGGGACCCCAACUUCAACCUCCAAAACGCCAGCGAGAAGGAGAGGAUCAAGUGGCGUCGGUCGUACACGAUCAAUUGGCUUUGCGACCUGGUCAACGUCUUUUUGACCAUCGUCGGGCCGUGGAACGUGCAUCGCAGGCUCUUCGGCCUGAACGAGUUUGCCGGCACCGAAAUACAGCUCAACUUCAUAGAUUGGCUCGGGGAGAGCAAAUACCAGCAUGGCUUGACGACCAUUCCGCCGUCCCGCUUCUCCAACCGCAACCCGAACGGCCUCUGGGAGUACUCGCCGUUUCUCUGUGGUGUCGGCCUGAUGGAGGGUGUCGAGCUGGCUUACCUCGUGGGCAUAAUGAUCUGGGACAAAAUCCCUAAUGCCAUUCUGCUGGUCCACCUCCACAACAUGUUCGUCCAGAAAGGCUACAUCAAGAAGCUUGUGGGACUAUACGCCUCCUUGCAGGACAUCUUCAAGGACUCCUUCUUCGCCGACGGCGUGAUCCCCACGGCCAAUUUCGGCGAAGCCCUGCUCGCGCGGGUCGGCAAGGCUAAGUUGAGGGGCACUGAGGCCCAGCGGCGGCACGUCGCGCGAUCGGUGAAGGACAUGCACGGCCUCCUGUCCGUCGAUCUGAACCUUUUCUUCAAGACUAAGUCGUACGCGCUCCAUUUCCGAGCCGCCGACUGGGAUCCCGAACGAAUUUCCGAGACCGACAUACCCGUGGCGUCGCUGCUGGCCCUAGUCCGCAUGGCCCAGACGAAGAGGCUAGACGAUACCGACCUGGUCCGCCGCGCAAGGGCCAGCGGAAUGCCCGGAGAGCUGCUCUUGGACGUGUCGUCGGCACUCGUGACGAAUCUGAAAGGCGGCCGCGAUGAAAUGCCCACGCCCAUUCCAGACAUCUUACAGGAUGCCGUCCCGGAGGGCUACCGCACCCAGUGGGGUGCGGACCUCAAGAACAGACCCGGCGGAAAGUCCCAGUCCGGCGGCGAUCGGGAUGCUGCCGCGGUGUCGCCCCGCGACAUGCUGGAGCUCUUGAAGUGGGACAUAUUCCGGGACGUGUGCGGCGACAUGCCGGUUAUGAGUCUCAACUUCAUCUGGGUCACGGUGCGGUUCAUGAUGCUCUUCAUGCAGAUCGAGGAGGAGCUGGCGAAACGCGCGAACCCCUUAUGGGCGCGGGCGUACGAACUGGACCCGCUGUGGUCGCGUGACAAGAGGGUUGUGCUUGCCUUCCUGGCCCUGUCCGAGCAGGAUGAUGAGUGUCUGCGAACGAUGGCGAGGGAGUUUGAGAAACCCCGGGCGGGGUUCAUGAACCACAUCUAUUGGGAGGACUUGGGGGAUACGGCGGACAGGAUGAAUAUGGACAAUCAGCUGCCCGAGGACAAGUGUGUGGUGAUGUAAGAGCCUGGG